AUGCAGGCGGACGAGAAGGGGCAGGUGGGAGAAAAAGAAGGACCCGACGCGACUCUUCCCUGUCCAGCGCGGGUGUGUGCGCCUGCCGAAAUGGGCAGAUCCCGAGGGGCUCCUGCUUUGGAAAGCGCGACCGGGGGCGAUGCGGCAAAGGCUUUGACUUGGGGGUGGGGGGUUCCCAGUGGUUCCUCUCGUUUCAGAGCAGUUGGGCGCGUGGUCGCAUGGAAAUCGGCGGGUCAGUCAAGCAAUGGUAAUUUCGCCGAUCGCCUGCGGAUCGCUGAGCCCGACGGCCUUGUGCUGUUGCAAUGUCUGGUCGGGUAUGCCGCCAGAGCCGACGAGGGUGGGGAGGAGUGGGAGGGGAGGAGGAGGCAAACGGGAGAGAGAGGCGAGAAAGGCUCCAAAGAAGACGAGCAGUCGGGCUGGGCGACGAUGCGGUGGGCUGUCGGCUCCUGA